GGGUCUCCUGAUAGAAAAGUCAGUGCUGCGCUCAUGCAGAGUUUAUUUCACUCAUUCACUGGGACCACAAGCUUCUCUCUCCUGCUUUUGGACUGAACUUCACAGAUCUGUUUCCUCCGGGAUGGCUGCGUUGAUUCUGGAGGGGGAAACACGUUAUGGAUCCAGUCCCUUGGCUAUGCUAACCGCCACCUGCAACAAGUUUGGUAGCAACAGUCCUGUCCGAGACUCCGCCACACCUGGUAAAGUAGCCAACUCAGCACCCCUUAAGAAACCCUACAGCAUGACCUCUGAACUCCAGAGCCCCAAGAAUGGACGAGGCAGUGAAGGCGUAGCAGACACUUACAGCGGCUCUUUCAGCUCUGGUGGCGGCUUACUAACACCAACUGGUAGCCCUCCACCUCCUUCAAUGGGAGCGUACAGCUCCGACUACAAUCCUUUCUCAAGUUUCCAGACCUCGACUGCUUCUCAGGACCCUUCGCUUUUGGGGACAAAAACUACGGCGGACUGCCUGAACACCUAUUUGGAUAUGACGCACCCAUAUGGGUCAUGGUACAAGGGCAUCCAUCCUGGUAUCACGGCCGCUCCUGCGAACGCCACUUCUUCUUGGUGGGACGUCCACACCAACUCAAAUUGGCUUAACGCUGGGCAACCUCAAUCCGACAGCCUCCAAGUGCCCCUCCAACCGGUGGCACCACAAGCCUCCCUCAACGCUCAGAUGUCCAGCUACACCCCUGACUUCACGUCCCUCAAUCCAGCGCCAUACCCUUCCGUGGGUUUAAGUUCAUCUUCACACUUGAUCCAAACCUCACAACACAUGCUCCCGCAAGACAUGUACAAGCCCAAGUCAGUGGCAAGUUCUGGGAUCCUGGACAACUCGAUGGGUCUCAAACCAGCCCGAGGUUCUGGCGGAUACUCGGGUGGCUCUACCACUGGUAGAUCUUCCUGUGACUGCCCAAACUGCCAAGAGCUGGAGAGGCUCGGAGCAUCCGCCGCAUCCCUGCGCAAAAAGCCUGUCCACAGCUGCCACAUUCCCGGUUGUGGAAAGGUCUACGGCAAGGCCUCUCACCUCAAAGCCCACCUGCGUUGGCACACGGGCGAGAGACCCUUCGUGUGCAACUGGCUGUUCUGUGGAAAACGCUUCACCCGCUCUGAUGAACUAGAGCGCCAUGUGCGCACCCACACGCGGGAGAAGAAAUUCACAUGUCUGCUGUGCAAUAAACGUUUCACUCGUAGCGACCACUUGAGCAAACAUCAGAAGACCCACACGGAAGCUAGUCUGCAAGGAAAAGGGCCGGAAGAGGAGGCGGAACCAAGAGGACCGGAGGAACCGACGGACACCAGUAAAGUGGAUCCUUCAGGGUCCGCAAGUGGCAUGCAAGACCCCACAGCCGGAGGAGAGGAAAAGGCCACAGGAAAUGGUGUGGACAGCAGCAGUGGACUGCUGGAGAUAUAACAGUAUGCGUUGGAAUGGUGGAGGACUUGCAUUGGUGCUAAGCUGUGUAAAACUGAUACCUUGCGUAAAAAAAAAAAAAACAUUUAUUUUUAGGAGCUAGUUGAAUGUGGUCCCCACAGAUCAGCUUACCAUGAUCACAGUUUGUACUGGAACAAAACGUGAAAACUGCUGGUUUUUGGAGAGAAAGUCCAUCCAGGAUCUCCAGGAGUGGCCUGCAUUUUGGGGACACGUUUUCAUGAUUUUAAUUUUCCAUAUUUUGAUUUUUAUCUAUUAAUUCAUGUUUUUUAAGUGUUGUGUUUGACCAUUUUAGGGGCAGAUGUUUUAGAAGCCCGUCAAUCAUUAGAUUGCAUAAGUUUCUUUGCAGCAUCCCACAUUUGGGCUUUCAGAUGAUGCACAUUUUGCCCUUUUCUAAUCUUGUUUAUUUAAUUCAAAUGUAUUUCUUUUAGUUUUUUUUAUUCUUUGUUCAAGACUUUCUUGGAUAGAAUUGAUCAGGACAUAAUCUUCAAUAAUUCCAUUAUUGAUCUCUGUCAUUUACAAUGUUAUAUUUAAUUUCUUUUUUACAUGAAAUCUAAUUUAUGUCUUAAAUUAUGAACAGUUUGGAGACUAUGUUGUGUUUCAAUGGUUUUGCUGAAUGGAAACCAAGUUCUCGGAUCGGAGCGAGUCAUUUAUUAAUAAAUGAAGUUUUCUCAUUCUCACGUGAUUCGUUUAUUCGUUUGUUUUGACACAUUUGAAGUUCUUUUGCCUUAUUUUCCUGACUCUUUGUACAAUCUUAUAACCAAAAAUGUCACCAAUCAUUUAAAAAGAGACAUUCAAUCUUAAGGAAAACAUACAUGUCAUUUCGUAAAGUAAAAGUUCAAUUGUGGGAAACAAUUUCAAUUAAUUUAUCCCAUUAAUCUUGGAUGAAAGUCAAACUGCAAACAUAUAAUUUAGUGCAAUAUUCCACUAAAUUGUUUAAAGAGAUAAAGUUAAACGCAAGA